UCCGAGGCUCAUUAUUCUCCAGGCCAGCGAUUGCUUUUCGUGCCCGCACGUGGGACUGAAAGGAUUUUGAAAUUCGCACCACCACCACCACCACCACCAGGCACUUCUUUGCUUCCAGCCUCUUCGAUCCAUGGGCUUACACCAACUCGACUACGCGAGACACAUUACAGAUGCCCUCUUGAAGCACUUCCUCAGUUUCAUUUCCUGCCACUCUCUUUCUUUAGGCAGAGCUAGAGCUACCACCUCACGCGCACGACAUCGCCUGGUCUGAUGGCACAGGCCGACGGCGAUGCCCACCACCACUACCUACGCCCAGUCUCACAUCAUGAGAAUGAUUCCGUCUUGGCAACUGAUGCCAUCUCUGAAGACAUGGACGACGCCUUAAAGAUGCCAGCUUCAGAUUCUCGGCCUCAAUUCAGAGGGUCGGCGGCGAGCCAAGAUACCAUCCGCCCAACUGCCACUCCUCCCGUCGAUAUACCCGUUGCAAACGAGCAUCCUACUUCUAGAGUCCCCUCUUCCGAUGCCUCGUCCUACAUCGAGCAAUAUAUGCGCAACCGCAACCCGUCUGUCAGCUUCAACAGUGAAAUCAAAUUGGACUCGGGACACCGUCAGAGCAUUGAAGAUCCUCUGGAGAAGCCAUGGCGCGAGCGAGGCCGGCCAGCGAUGUAUCCGGUCACGAGAGAAAGAAGAGAUUCACGGGCACACAGCGAAUCAGAAAGGUCGAACUUUGACCUCAACACUGGCCGUCGUAUUCCCAAAUUCUCCCAGAGCCCUCCAAGAGAACAUGCACGCAUAGGCGAAGCCCGAUUCCCUCUGUUACAAGCCACGGUAGAUGAAAUGGCACGAGAAUCACAGACUGACCUUCCUGAAGCCCAGUCGUUGACCUCUCAGUCCACUACAGAGUCUAAUGAGCAGGCGGUCUUCUCUCCACCUCCCGACGACCAGUAUCUUCAAUCUCCUACCACAGAGUCCCCUGUCACGCCAUUCUCCCAACAAGCCUUCUCGUACGAAGAGCCCAAGUCCUUUCGGAGGAGCGCCUCUCAACGAUGGCGAGAUGGCGAGACUAGUGCGUCCCCGCAGGACUUCUUUUCAAGAGCGGGUAGUCUGCGCAACAGGAGUAUGCGUGACAUUGCAAGUCGUGCUUCUCGGCGAGAAACCUCAGGCUCUACAAAGUCCCCCAUGUCAGCUGCAUCAUCUUACCUGCGUGGUUUCUCGAUAAGCAGUUCAACGAACAAUGGCGACGCUGAUGCUGGACCGCUUCCACCAGACGCCGAGGGACAAACUAUUGGUGAGGAUUACGUCCUGGGUAAACAGAUCGGCUAUGGCGGCUUUAGUACGAUUAGGUCGGUGACACAACUCCAGGACGGUGAGCAGCGGAAGCUGGCCGUCAAAAUUGUUCGGCGACGCAUUGCCAGCAUCUCUGAAGCCGAGAACGAACAAGCCCAAGCUGAAUUCGAACAUGAAGUCGAGCUCUGGAGGUUUCUCAACCACCGCAACAUUCUCCCUCUGGAAGCCGUAUACAAGCUCGAUGAAGCUACGUUCUGUUUCAUCCCUCUUAACAUUGGAGGAACCCUCUUCGACCUGGUCCGCUCGAAUCGCAACGGUAUCGAACCAGAUGUAGCUAGAAGCUACUCAUAUCAGCUCGCUUCGGCCCUACGAUAUCUCCACCUGGACGCACGUGUUGUGCACCGUGAUAUCAAACUUGAGAAUGUCCUCAUCGAACCUUCGCCCGAUGGUAAGCCGGGCUUACUGCGCGUUUGCGAUUUCGGCAUGGCAGAAUGGCUUUCCUCAGAUAGUCUUUCGGGCCCUCCGAGCCCAGACUUCCACGAUACCGAUCGGCCUCCACGCAAGCACAUGGGACCGGCUGAUACGUCAACAUCUGCUUUCGCAGGUGGCAGCCUGGAAUAUGCCGCACCAGAGAUCCUACGCAUUGCCGAACACCUCAAGCACAGUGGCCCUGCAGAAAGAGCUAUUGUGUCUCCUGCCGUUGACAUGUGGGCAUACGGGGUUUGUGUAUACAGCAUGGUUGUCGGGUCUCGACCUUUCCAGAAUUCUUUCCAACCGCGCGUGGUCAUGGCGAUAUUGGCCGGAGAUUGGAACCGGGAACCCCUCACAGAAAAGGGAGGACAUGACGUGGUCGAACUAGUGAGCGGAUGUCUCGAUAUGGACGAUACAUCCCGCUGGGACAUCUCUCGUGUCAUGGACUGCGCGUGGCUAGAAGAUCUUGCUUCCGAGGAGGACGACCUCGAUCAGGGCUUGCAUGGCUGGCGGUUGUAGUUCCUCCUACCAGGACUCGUCACCUGGAAUCAUCAAUCUCUUUUCUUCCUGGUCGACAUUGCCAACACUGCUUCCGGAAACGAUGACCAUACCCCAUCUAUACGACGUUACGACCUUGUACUUUUUUUUUCUUUCUCCCUGCUUCCAACCUAUCGUUCUCUUCUCGGCACGCAAGGCGCUUACUGGGACUGACUGCAUGGGAUGACGUUUGGGGGACGAGGGCGGUCAUUGAGAGAACAUGUUUUGUUUCACUUGAUUAUAGCAACGGCGCUCACUGACUGUAUGAUUAUUUUCCGGGUUCCUUUUUUUCUCUUUCCAUGAGCUGGCCCAAACGGGAGGGUGGAUGAGUUUGACCUCAUUUGGAUCCGUUACUCCGUUAAUUUUACGGUGGCUGGACGGGAGGCUAUGCUUGAAGGGGCACGCAGGCAGGACGGCAGAGGGCACGGUUGCUUUCUUUUCCUUCUCUCUACUACGACAUGUCAAUGAUAAUGAGCACGAUACGGUUAUGGCUAUAGUUGUGAUUAUGGUUACGGAUACCCAAUCAUCA